AUGAUGAAGGUUCCUGGGAUCCUUAUGAGAUUGCAUUCUUCAAAAAUCUUAAAUAACAAUUACUUCAAAGUUAUAUCCGGUGCUGUGGUAGGGUCUACUGUUAUUUAUGUUAAUCAAAGCUAAAAAUCUAAGAAAAAUGAAGGACAAUAAAAUUAUUAGAAUGAUAACUCUGAUCCUCUUGAAAAAAAUUAUUCUAACCAUCUUUUGCCUAGAACUAAUGAAAAUUCUAACACUCCUUUUACUAACACUAAUGAAAAUAGCCCUAAUAAAAAUAGCACCAUUGAAAAUAGCACUAGUAAAAAUAGCACUAAUAACAAUAGCACUAAUGAAAAUAGCGCUAACAAAAAUAAAACUAGUAACAAUAGCACUAAUGAAAAUAACACUAAUGGAAAUAGCCCUAAUAAAAAUAGCACUAAUAAAAAUAGCACUAAUGAAAAUAGCACUAAUAACAAUAGCACUAUUGAAAAUAGCACUAAUAAAAAUAGCACUAAUGAAAAUAGCACUAAUGGAAAUAGCCCUAAUAAAAAUAGCACUAAUGAAAAUAGCACUAAUGGAAAUAGCACUAAUAACAAUAGCACUAAUAACAAUAGCACUAAUAAAAAUAGCACUAAUGAAAAUAGCACUAGUAACAAUAGCACUAAUGAAAAUAGCCCUGAUCAAAAUAGCACUAAUAAAAAUAGCACUAUUGAAAAUAGCACUAAUGGAAAUAGCACUAAUAACAAUAGCCCUAAUAAAAAUAACACUAAUGAAAAUAGCGCUAACAAAAAUAGCACUAGUAAAAAUAGCAUUAAUGAAAAAAGCACUAUUGAAAAUAGCCCUAAUCAAAAUAGCACUAAUNUCAGGCAUAAAAAUAAAAAUUCAACCUUAAGAAAUUUUAGAUACAUAUAACAUCAAUAUUAAGGGCAGAUGGACAUCAUUUUUACAAUUUGACAAUGUUACUUAUUGGGAUAUUGAAAUUCAUAGGUAGUUUGUUCUGUUAUAAUUUAUCUUAGACCUUAUAUUCUUGAGUUGGAAUCAAGUCCCUUACCUUCUGAUUGUAUCUAUAGAUUAGAUUUAUUAUAUAUGAAGAUGAAAGAUAAUUCGAAGGGUUAAGAUGUAAAGGAGUAGAUGGAAGUGGAUCAACGUAAGGAUAAACAAUUAAGAGAAAAAUAUGGAAAUAAGAAUAAGAAGAAAAAGAAAUCAAGCUGA